UGGGAAGUUUUUUUCUCUCCCCCAAAUCAAAUUGUUGAGCAACGACCUGGAGAGAGGCGGUGUGCUGCUCAGACUACGUUCUUCGUCAUCGAAAGUAAAACGUCUUGGCUUCUUCAUCUUCAAGACAGGGGAAAGAUUGUUUCUUUAUCUCGCGGAGGGAUUUAUACUCGUUUUUGUUUUUAUAAACGGGGAAAUAAUAACAGAGAACGGCACGGCAGAGAGUAUCUGUAGCUGGGAUUAAUAACUUUCAUGACAUCCUGGAAUUGAUACAAUUUUUUUUUUUUUUUGGAGACCAUCUAAAAGUCGUCAAUCACUCAGAAGCUGAGUCAGGCUGCAACAUCCUCGGGGCACAUAGUCAGCUCUUCUUGGAAUUAAUUUGCGCCCCGGAAGAUUCUUUUUUUUCAUUUUGGUGUAGCCCAACAAUCAAUCGGUUUGCACUGGGGAUCACUUCUUGAGGGUUGACCUGUUGUUGUCCACAAAGCAUCGUUUUUCUUGUUGUAGUAUAGAGGAACCAUUUAAGUCAAAACAACAGUGACCUUUGCACUCUCAUUGCCACGCCAACGAUAAGAGGAAUACAGAAGAUUAUAAAAGUUCUGCCAUGAUUAUAAAUAAAAGUCUGUUAUAAUCUUCACAAAGUGUGAAAGGUCUGGAGCUGUCGCGUGUCGCUUCCUUUGGGUUUAAGACGAACAAAAUACAAUCGCGUGCUGUUCAAGGUGUAUCCUCUAGUUUUUGAGGUCUCAAGAAGCCGGCACAGAGACACCGAUGCGUCGAGCUGGUGUCAACUUCAAAACUAAAAGGAAUCAUUUUCAAGAAAGUUUGUUCGCUAACAUCAACCUCUUUUAGUCUUAGACUUUGAGUGGGUGACUAGAGCUCUCGUCUCGGCGGAUACCAUCAGUACGUUGGAUCGAUUUGUGUUUGGAUUCGACGAGACUUUAUCUUUAAUCCUCUCCUCUCCUCUCGACAUGGAGUUUCUUUCUCGGCAGAGGUUGUUCUCGUUUCUGGUUCUUCUGCAGGCGUGGAUCGUUUGUGGGAACGCAUACAGAUGGUUGGCUAUUUUUAACAUUCAAGCCAUCGGAAUCACGAGCAUAAACUCUCAAGACAAAUGUGAAAAUCUCCCCGGACUUAUCAACAGGCAGGUCCAGAUUUGCAAGAGAAAUCUAGAGGUUAUGGACAGCGUUAGCACAGGAGCCUACCGAGCCAUCGCUGAGUGCCAGCAGCAAUUCGGCAACAGACGCUGGAAUUGCACCACAGUCGACUCAUUUCCCAUCUUUGGGCACGUCCUUGACAAUGGUACGAGGGAGGCUGCGUUUGUUCACUCGAUUUCAGCGGCAGGAGUUGGGUAUGAGGUCACGAGGUCAUGUAGCAGUGGUGACCUGCAAAAGUGCGGUUGCGAUAGGACAGUGACGGGUACCAGCGACGAGGGUUUCACGUGGUCUGGCUGCUCCGAUAACGUUAACUACGGGAUGAUGUUUUCGAAGACAUUUGUGGAUGCCAGGGAGAGGAAAGGUCGCAUUUCAACCGAACGGCAACUGAUGAAUCUCCACAAUAAUGAGGCCGGUCGCCUUGCCAUCGAGAACAACAUGCGGGUGGAAUGCAAGUGUCACGGCGUCUCCGGCUCGUGCGAACUACGGACAUGUUGGAGAGCAAUGCCGCCCUUUGUUCAGAUUGGCACCAUUCUCAAAGAGAAGUUUGACGGAGCUACGGAGGUUGUGCAAAGGAGGCUAGACUCCAGACGACAACUGAUUCCAGUGAACGAGAACUUUAAGCCACACACGGAGACCGAUCUUGUCUACCUCGUACCCUCGCCAGACUUUUGCGAAGAGGACCUGAAGAUGGGGUCCCUGGGCACCCACGGGCGACGCUGCAACAAGACGUCAAAGGGCAUCGACGGAUGUGAACUCCUCUGUUGUGGGCGGGGCUUCAACACGAGGGAGGAGGUGAUUGUCGAGAGGUGUAGCUGUAAAUUCCACUGGUGUUGUUACGUCAAAUGUAACACGUGUCGACGGACGGUGGAUGUGCACACCUGUAAGUGAUGGUGAGAGAAAUGUAUAACAACAUCAAAGGGUCCUGCCAAUUACGGGUUCAAUCUCUAUAGAACCCAUGGAAACUAAACGUGACUUGUAUAUGGAACUAGGCAGACUUGUGGACAAGUCUAUGGCUCAAGUCGGGUCAACAUAGGUCAAUGGUGUCCACCAAAAUAUUCGAGUCGAGGCUCGUCAAAUAGCUUGUCGUUUAAUACUGAUAAAACUCGCAUGCAAAACAAAAAAGUGCAACUUUACCCUCUUUGCUGUCACUUGUGUUCAUCGAUAAAUAUUAUACUUAACUCAACGACAGAGGGCGCGCUGUUAGUUGUACGGAUAUAAUUAUAAUCAGAGGUGUGAAAUGAGACUCUUCGACAAUUUUGACGAUUAAGCCUGACUAGACAUUGGGUUGUGCUGCAUUUGGAAUGAAGCCACCACACGGCAAAAAAAAAACUGGUCCCUACUUGUCGCAACCCUUUUAAUACAUCUGUCUGACUUGAAGUUUUGCCGAGUGCCACAACAAAACCCUUUUGCCAAGGCUUCGGCUUAUUAGCCGUUUUGAGGUAUGGGUGGAUAAAUCUGACAGUAUACACCCAACACAGUUCACUCCAAUAUGCCUUUAUCAUGCUGUCUCCAUCUUGGUCAUGUUCCUUGUAUCGGAUAACAAUAAUGAAUGUAAAAAAGAAAAC